AAGAGGGGGGAAACAAAAUGCAGGUGCCAGUGUUGAGAGAUGGUAAAAUAGUGCGACUGUUGGUAAAAUAGAGACGCGCACAAAUAAAACAUAACAUAACAUAACCUGCGUUUAUGUAAAAAGUGAUAUAGAGACAUCAUGGAAACAAACUGUCAAAAUUUGGAUCGUGAUCCAAAAUUUCUCUUUGAUCAAUUAUCAACAGCUCGAAAAGAAAUUAAUAAUCUCAGACAACAACUGAAAAGUUUACGUUAUAUCCAUGAAAAAGAUGUGGAUAAUAUAAAACGUCUUCUUGGACUAUGCUCAGAUGGAGUUUCUCUAGUUUCAUCAAAUCAAGAAAAUUCCCGUGAAAUAGAACCGGGAACAAGUCAUGAAUCAGAGGAUGUUUUAAAAUUAAAAUCAAUUGGAGUGAUAUCGACAUGGUUUCCCAGUAAAAGAGGAACUCCACGACAAUCUGGAAUAUGUGAACGUGUUCCUGGAAAAUUGACACUCUUUAAUUCCGUCCUGAAUAAUCCUGAACAUGCACUCGAAGGAUUACAUGAAUUUUCACACAUGUGGAUUCUCUUCCAUUUUCAUCGAAACGAAUCGACUCACAUUCGCGCCAAAGUUGCGCCACCACGUUUAAAUGGCGCGAGAACAGGUGUUUUCUCCACACGUUCACCCCAUCGACCAUGUCCAAUUGGUCUGAGUCUUGUGAAAAUCACAAAAAUUGAGAACAACACAAUUUUCUUCGAUGGUGUCGAUAUGGUCGAUCAAACACCAGUCCUCGACAUUAAACCCUACAUUCCACAAUACGACAAUCCAUUACACGCGGAGAAAUUAAAUACCCGAUUAACGAGCCUUGAAUCGUUACCAAAUGGCGUCACUGAUACACUGAUCGAGCCAAUAACAAUAAAUAAUUCACAAGACGAGAAUGUCGAUGUUGUUACAAUUGCCAAUAAUUCACGAUCUGAAGAAUCAGUUGUUAAUGAAGAGGACUCUGAUGUUUCGCGUGACGAGGAAAUUGCCCUACGACUACAGGCACAAGAAUUUCAAGACUAUGGCAAUUUUGAGAACGAUGUACCCGAUACAAUUCUACAGUAUUUACGUCCACAACAGGAGAAUAUCGCGAGAAAUAAUCAUGUGUCGUUAAUGAAUUCGGAGAAUGAGAGUUCAUCGAGAACAUCGGAAGUGGAGAAUGGCGAAACAUUGGAGAGAAUUCGUAAUAUUAAUUUGGAAAGUGAUGAGGACAAUCGACGCAGUGGUGGUGAUGAUCGAACUUGGCGAAAUUCACGACUUCUUGAGGGUGCGGAUGGACCAAGUACUGUUUGUGGCACGGAUUUGGAUUUAAUUCGACGACGUGCUUUAAAUGCGAGAUUAGACAAUUCACCAAUAAGAAUGGGAGUACGCGAAGCACCCGAUGGUGAAGAAGGUUUUGAAUCGCCAAUUCUCACGCCUUCGCAAACAGUGCCGAAUAUACAAAAUGUAACGGGAAAUUCGGCUAUUGUUGAACCAAUUGCAUUGUCUUCUAUCGCUACAACUACAACGGCGACGACAACAGUAGCAGCAGCAACAGCAGCAACAACAACAGCAACGGAAAUUCGUGUUCCCGAGUGGAUUUCAAGGCCACAAACAUCAACAUUGUCGGUGGUUUUUAAUGAACGUGCCCUAGCGCAACUGAACGAGAUUCUCGACGAUAAAGCUGACGAGGAGAAGGUGGCAAUUGAAAAUGUUUUACGUGAAGAUCCACGGUCGGUGUAUUUAAGGCAACGUUGGGGCAAUCAAUUUUACACAUUUUUAAUUCACGAUCUUCAUAUUACAUGUCGAUUUUACGAUAGUAGAAAACUUGUCACGGUUUUUCAGGUGAGACACGCGGGACGUACGUGCGAGUGCGGUGAACCCGAGUGGCAAUGUUUGGGACAUUCGCCUUUAAAUUAACAAACGCGAUUGUUAGUUUUUGUUUAAUUUGUUUGUCCUUUUUCUGUUGAUCUAAUUUAAAUGUAACCUCAAACUUUGUUUUCCCGCAAAAGAAUUUAUGAUAAUUCACUCUGUAUUAUCAUAUCUUCAAUUUUACACGAAUUAUUAUAAUUGAUAUAGAAAUUCUUUGGAACGACGAAUUUUCAUUUCAUCGAAAUUGCAAAUGGUUAAACAAAUAUAACGUACAAAAACAAAAAUGAUUUCGGCGCGACUUUUAAAAUUCGACCAAUCAGCAAUUAGCGAGAAAAUUGUGAUUUGUCAAUUUUAAAAAUAGUGACGAAAUCUUUUUUUUUUUAUUGUAUUAGUUCGGUUAUUUACGAUUUUAGUUAAAUGAAAAUUCUCAAAACCCCGAAUUUCCAUUUGACCGAAAUUGAAAAUGUCCGAACAAAUAUAACCUAUAAAAAAAAGAUUUCAGCGCGACUUUUAAAAUUAGACCAAUCAGCAAUUAUUGCGAAAAUUGUGAUUUGUCAAUUUUAAAAAUCGCGCCGAAAUCUUUUUUUUUAUGUUAUGUUGAUUGGAUUAUUUGCAAUUUCUGUUAAAUGAAAAUUCGUCAUUUUAAGAAUUCUAUAAUAAAUAUAUAAAAUUUUUCAUUUAAAUAUGUAUUUUCUAAUUUGGAAAUAAUUUUUAAACUCUUGUUCAUUUUGAGGUUAUAUUAAUGGAUAAAACAGUUAUAUUAUAAUAAGGUACGAUCCAUUGGCAUAAAUUUAAUUUCUUUUUUUACAAAACAGAAUUCAACUUUGAAUAAAAUUAUUAAUUAUACCUAUUUAUAAUUUUGGAUUAGAUAAGAAAAAAUAUUUAUUUAAAUGCAUUAUAAUAAUGCUGAUAAUAAUAAUAAAAAACAAUAAAUAAUAAUAAUAAAAAUUCUAAUAAUAGUAAAUAGGUAAUAAUAAUAAUAAUAAAUAAUGAUAAUAAUAGAUAUCAGUAAGAUUAUUACAAAAAAUUUUGCUUCUUUUAACCCUAGAAGGAGUAUAUGAAUUAUCUCACACUCUAAAGGGUAACUGGGGUGUCUAGACACCCCAACUUGAAACUUGUGUAAAAAGGUUUCUAUUUGACAUAAAACUAAUUAUAUAUAGUGAUUUUUAUUGGUUUUUUUAGUAAGGAAAACAAUAGUUUCAUUGAUUUUUUCAUAAAAUAAAAAUAAGUUUAAAAAAACUUGCAAAAACGAAAAAUUUUCGAAAUUUGAAUUUUGCUGGGGUAUCUAGAUACCAUAUUUACUGCUCCUGGGUUAAAAAUUUAUCCCAUUUCAAAAUUUAUGUCAAUGGUUCAAACUUUUUUUAAAAUUGUUUUUCAAUUUUUUGUUAAUUUUUUUUUCGUUUUUAACUGACAAUAAUUAAAAUUGUCAUAUUAUCAUAUUAUCGUUUUCACGAUUUGAAAGUUAAACAAUAUACGGAUUAAUAAUAUUCUUUUUUUUAUUAUUUUUAUAUUGUAAAUGUAGAAAUAAUCCGUAUU